AUGGAUAAUAGGACAUAUUUUGCUACUUAUACCCUACUGGAACCAAAAGACACUAAAUCAUAUAGGCAUAUAUACUUCACAUGCUUUUUGCUGAUCUAUGUUUUUAUAUUGUUUGUUAACAUUUGGCUUAGUAUGGUCAUUGUCUUGGAGAGAGCCCUUCAUGAACCAAUGUACAUUUUUCUGUGCAAUCUGUGUAUAAAUGAUGUAUAUGGAGCCACGGGAUUCUAUCCUAAAUUCCUGCAUGAUUUAAUGUUGGAUUCAUAUGUGAUCCCUUCUUAUAUGUGUGCCUUCCAAGCUUUUGUUAUUUACACCUCAGUUAUGUGUGACUGUACUACAUUAACUGUAAUGGCUUAUGACAGACAUAUAGCCAUAUGUACACCUUUAGACUAUCACUCAAAGCUGAACAAAUUUACUUGUGGCAUAUUACUUGGAUUAUGUUGGACCCUACCAUUUAUUUAUAUGGUCAUCGCACUUCUGUUGACAAACAGAUUGCAAUUGUGUAAAUAUCAUAUUGAUAAAUUUUACUGUGACAACUGGUCUAUGGUAAAACUCUCAUGUCAAUCAACUGUUGCCAAUAAUGUUUAUGGUUUUAUUGUACUUGCAUUUUAUUUCUGCCUGUCUAUUUGUAUUAUUGUGUCCUAUAUUAAACUCAUCAUUGCAUGUAAAGCAUCAUUAGAGAAUAGAAGAAAAUUUUGGCAGACCUGUAUGCCUCAUAUGUUUACAAUGAUUAAUUUUGCUGUUGCCGUGUUCUUUGAUGCCAUGUACAGCCGAUAUGGCUCAGGCGAUGUCCAAGAGAAUAUGCGUAAUUUUUUGGCUUUAGAGAUGAUUAUAGUGCCACCUCUUUUCAAUCCUGUAAUCUAUGGUUUACAGCUCAAAGAGGUCCGUAAAAGAAUCUUGAAAUGCGCUAUUAAUAACAUAAAACAAUAA